CCGCCAACCCGCGUCCCGUGCGCAUUCGUUCGUUGGUCCGCUCGCGCUGCCGCAGCCGCCGCCGCCGCCGCCGCCGCCGCCGACGACGAGAAUAUUUCGCGCGAGACUCGCUCGUCCGUCAACCGAGCGCGUCGCAGUGGUGUGUUCGACGCGCGCCCGUCCGCACACGACGACGACGAAUCCGCCGAGGCGAAUCCGCACGACGGCGCGAACGAUCGUAAAAAAUAAUUUGUCGUUCGCGUGUACCGUUCAUAUCGUUACCGUCACGUAGUUCGAUUUCCACGCCGGUCGCGUGCUGUGCGAUCGAUCCCGCGUCGCGAUCACGUCGGGCCGACAACGGUCGGCAGCAACUGUUCACGACGACCGCCGUCGUCAGUGCGUUCGGGAUAUUUUUCGUGUCCGACUUAACGGCCGAAUUUCGUGUUGUUUCCGCCGGUAUUUUACCAAGACCCGGCGUUGCGUCCUGACCUCGCGGAAAACCAUCCCGGGUUUCACGUGAUUUUUGACAGCUGUUUUGGACAUAAAUUACAAAAAGUGCAGUAAACCAUUCAUUGUCAUGCAAAUACUGCACCAAAGGUACGUACCGUCACAGUAAGAAGAUAAUAAUAUUUAAUCGCGGUCCACAAGUUGGCGGUAAUAAGCUUUUUAUAAGGGCACGCGAUAACCACUGAGCCGACGGGACCGAGGGACACCGGGUAGCGGAGGACGAGGACGACGAUUGCGACGGUGAUCGGCCGGUGGAGAGGAACGCCCGCGGCCGCAGGACCGUCGACACGUGGUGACCGCUAUGCCGACGGACGGCGUUUUCCAGCGCGGCGGCACACCGCGCUCGCCCAGCGGCACGUGAUCGCCGCGCCCGGUUACCGGUAGGCCGGCAUGGUGGUGGACCAGCGGCCGGCCACGUUCGAGUACCGUCCGCAUCGCAGCGCGCCCGCACCGCCGCCCCGGCAAACAUGGAACACCGUGCCGGUGGCGACAUCACCACGUACAACCACACGCCCGGGCCCGUUGUCGCGCUCGAUCCCCGCGACUCGCUGUACCGGUUGAGCGCCGCCAUGGACAACGGCACCGACCCCACGGUCCAACAGGUGACCGGCGACAUGGACUGGUCGGACUACGUGUCGGUGGCCCUGAAAACGUCGAUCAUGGCCAUCAUCAUACUGACGUCGAUCGGCGGCAACCUGUUGGUGAUCGUGGCGGUGGCCCGGCACCCACGGCUCCGGGUGAUUACCAACUACUUCGUGGUGUCACUGGCGUUCGCCGACAUGUUGGUGGCCAUCGUGGCCAUGACGUUCAACGCGAGCAAGCUGAUCAGCGGCAAAUGGAUGUUUGGGUACUUCAUGUGCGACGUGUGGAACUCCAGCGACGUGUACUUCUCUAGCGCGUCCAUACUGCACCUGUGUUGCAUCAGCGUGGACCGGUACUAUGCGAUCGUUAAGCCGCUCAAGUACCCGGUGCUGGUCACCAAGCGGCUGGUCGCGGUACUGCUGCUAGUCACAUGGGUCGCGCCCGGCGUCAUAGCGUUCGUGCCCAUUUUCUACGGCUGGUACACCACGGACGAGUACCUGGCCUACAGGGCGGCGCACCCUGAUGACUGCGACUGGGUGGUAAAUAAGGUGUACGUGAUCGUGUCCUCUUCGAUAUCGUUUUGGAUACCGUGCACGAUUAUGCUGUUCACGUACCACGCGAUAUUCAAAGAGGCGAACCGGCAGGAGAAGCAGAUCCAUGCGAGGAUUAGUUGCGGUCAUCAGAUAAACUACAACCGGGAGAUGGCGGAGAACCAGCUGCGGUCGAACGGCGCGGCCAACGGUUCGUCGUCCAGGACCACGCUGGCGCCCAACGAUCACCAUUCGACGCCAUCCCGGGACAACAGGAAUAUCAUCAAGAUGAAGAGGGAGCACAAGGCAGCCAGGACAUUGGGCAUCAUUAUGGGCACGUUCAUCGUUUGUUGGUUGCCUUUCUUCCUGUGGUACGUGAUCACGACGCUGUGCGGCGAGCCGUGCAACAUAUCGCCGUCCGUGGUGGCCGUGUUCUUCUGGAUCGGUUACUUCAACUCGACGCUCAACCCGUUGAUCUACGCGUACUUCAACCGGGACUUCCGGGAGGCGUUCAAGAACACGCUGCAGUGCGCGUUCUGCAACCUGUGCCGGAGCCCGCCGUCCGACCUGGAGGCGCUGGACGCGCGGCGGCCGUCGCUCCGGUACGACGACCGCACGCGCAGCGUCUACUCGGAGACGUACCUGAACCACUGCGACCGGCGACGUUCCAGCCAGUUCGGCAGCAGCUUAUGAUCCGCCGCGCCACCACCCGGACCCAGGCCCUAGGCCCGACUAGCGCCCCCAUCCCCCGCCGCCGCCUCCCCAGUGCCAUCGACCGUUCGCCCGACUCGCGUUUGCUUUCGAACCUGUCGUCACGUCCGUCGGUCGGUGCACGUGCGCGUUUCCUCCCGAAGAAUCGUCUUCGCACGUUUUCGCGCGACCGGUUUUCGAGAUUUUCAUUUCGAUUCUGUCGGCGAACGAACGCGUUCGCAGUAGGGCCCAUUAGAAACGAUCCGUGUCGUACCCGACGGCGGGCGGGUACUACCGGUACUGGCCCCGUUACGAGGGUUGAACUGUCUCGGCGCUGACGCGUCCGCCCGUUCUUUGCAGUUGCCCGCAAGGGACGACAGUUGCGCUCGAGCCGUUCAACGUACGCGUGGUCGACCCACUCAUCUCUGCUUGCAUACCCUUACACCGCUGAACUGUUCACGCGUCUUCGAUGGGCGUUACUACAGCCCAAAUAUCGGGAGUGCAGAACUCGCUGAAAACAAAAUUAAACAGUAUUUAACCGUGUAAUCGCUAUGGAUCAUAUAGAUCUAAAAACAGGAGUGCUACAUUUUAAGGGUGCUGAAAACCCUAUUGCACCCCCCUAGUUGCGCCUAUGUUCGAACCCCGUCCCGGUGAGUGUUUAAUCGAACACACACACACACGUCACGAAUAUCGCACUUUUGUAAACGAGACCGGACGAAAUCUUCGCUAUAACCGUACGUGUUUCAUACCAACACAGUACAGUUGUACAUUGUACAAUGUAUUCAUAUGUGAAUAAUAUAGUGUUCUAAAUAUUUAUCCAGUAAACAAUAUUAAACAAUACGAACAACGCACUUGUCGUGUACGUUGUUAAUAAUCGAUUUUUAACGGUACAUAAUUUCAACACAACUUCUCAUAAUACACCCAAACGUAUACUCUCGUACCUGUUAAAUAACAAUUUUCACUAAUACUACAGUUUUGCUAACUUUUUUACUUAAUUAGAUCUCGUAUCUCGUUCCGACCAAGGCAUCUACAUGAAAGAUAAUACCGUAUUAUUUUCGAAAUUGAGCGUUUCUAAAUCCAUGUCCAUUACAUUAACACAGUUAAUACAGUUUAAAAAUAAAAUAUAUUUUCUCUUCGUCUCCGACUAAAAAUAAUAACUCGCGAAUUAAAAAGGCACAGGUCAAAAUAAAUUCAAAACCAUGAAUAUCAAUACAAUUCUCAUGUUUUUUAUUUAUUGCUUUUAUACAAUUUUUUCCUAUGUUAUUUGAUAAUCAGUAAGUACGAGUAUUUUAUAACACAACAUAUUUUUCAUAGCUCGAUUCCAAUCGAGUACUUAUAUUUUAUGAAUUAUUGUUGUUUUUGUACUUACCAUCGAACCGUUUUUCUAUACUUCAAACAAUAUUAUGUUGACAUAUUAUUUAUCGUUGUGUGGUAUAAUAUAUCUCGCGAAAAAGACGUAAAGAUAUUUUACUUUUGAUUCGCUAUUUGAAUCUCACAAGAACGUUCAUUUUAUAAUCAUAAACGCUCCCCUAUUUUAAAUAAUAACAUAUUUCCGUUUAUUCGGCUAUUAUAGUCGACGGUUAUACUUAGUUGAAAAUAUUCACAUUACCCAGAAUAUUCAAUAUUUUAUAAACAAAAAACGUUCUUCUAGCCACAGAUUUAUCUUGUUGUGCAUUAUCAAUUUAUAUGACGACCAUAGUAUUGUUUCACUUAUGUUAUCUACUUCACGUAACAAGGCAUAGUUUAAAUAAUAUUUAUUUAGUAUGGUUUAUACGGUGUGUCGGGUGGUCAAUUUACAGUUUGUUUACACAAAUUAAUGUGAACGGGGAAAAAAAUAUAGGUCGAAGGGGUCCCGGCGGUAAGUUUAAAUAAAAUAAUUAAUCAAUUAUUUUAUUGUUU